AUGGACGAAGACCUCUUUCAGCUACGGCAUCUACCUGUGGUGAAGUUCCGUCGCACCGGUGAAAGUACAAGGUCAGAAGAUGACACCUGUUCUGGAGAGCAUGAGAUUGAGAUAGAAGGAGUGCCGUCUGAGCUAGAACCAGUUGAACUAGACGAUGCAGGCACUGUCCCCAAAGAUUUUGCAAACCCUACAGAUGAUGUAUUCAUGGUGGAGGAUGCUGUGGAGGCCAUUGGAUUUGGGAAGUUUCAAUGGAAACUCUCAGUCCUUACUGGACUGGCAUGGAUGGCUGAUGCCAUGGAGAUGAUGAUCCUCAGCAUUCUUGCUCCUCAGCUACACUGUGAGUGGAGAUUGCAGAGUUGGCAGGUUGCCCUCAUAUCCUCGGUAGUAUUCAUAGGAAUGAUGUCUAGCUCAUCGCUAUGGGGAAAUAUAUCAGACCGGUAUGGUAGAAAGACAGGUCUGAAAGUUAGUGUACUCUGGACAUUGUACUAUGGAGUACUGAGUGCCUUUUCACCAAUCUACAGCUGGAUCCUUGUACUUAGAGGCUUGGUGGGUUUUGGGAUUGGAGGUGUUCCACAAUCGGUGACACUAUAUGCAGAAUUCCUUCCAAUGAAGUCAAGAGCAAAGUGUAUCUUACUAAUAGAGGUGUUCUGGGCCUUUGGGACAGUAUUCGAGGUGUUGCUGGCAGUGGUGGUGAUGCCUACGCUGGGCUGGCGCUGGUUACUCAUUCUUUCUGCAGUGCCUCUUAUGAUUUUCGCCAUCUUGUGUUUUUGGCUUCCAGAAAGCGCACGUUACGAUGUAUUGUCUGGAAAUCAAGAAAAAGCCAUUGCCACAUUAAAACGCAUUGCUACAGAAAAUGGAGCACCAAUGCCACUUGGAAAAUUGAUAGUUGCCAGACAGGAGGACCGUGGUCGUAUAUGGGACCUCUUCACACCACAGUUUCGAACAACCACUGUCCUUUUAUGGUUCAUUUGGUUUUCCAAUGCUUUCUCCUAUUAUGGACUGGUUCUAUUAACCACAGAGCUUUUCCAGGCAGGUGAUGUGUGUAGCAUGUCAACAAGUGGCAAGACACCUGAGGGAAGGUGUUCCCUGGAAUGUAAAUACUUGAAUGCCACUGAUUACACAGACCUUCUCUGGACCACAUUGUCAGAGUUUCCAGGUGUCUUAGUAACAUUAUGGAUUAUUGACCGGAUUGGACGUAAGAAGACAAUGGCAGUGUCUUUCCUUAUCUUUUCAUUUUUUUCUCUGCUGUUGUUUGCAUGUGUUGGGAGGUUGGCCCUCACUGUAUUCCUUUUUAUUGCAAGAGCUUUCAUUUCAGGUGGUUUUCAGGCUGCAUAUGUUUAUACUCCUGAGGUUUACCCAACUGCCACCCGUGCAUUAGGAUUAGGAACGUGUAGUGGGAUGGCACGAGUGGGGGCUCUCAUCACUCCUUUUAUUGCACAGGUUAUGUUAGAAUCCUCAAUCUACCUGACACUUUCCGUGUACAGUGGAUGCUGCCUAUUGGCAGCCCUUGCUUCCUGUUUCCUACCAAUUGAGACGAUGGGCCGAGGCCUGCAAGAGUCCAGUCAGCAAGAGUGGGGCCAGGAAAUGGUGGGCAGGACACAUAACUCAAAAUUGCUGCCAACUAAGGCAGGCUCACAACAAGUAGAUUAA